UAUUAGGUGUGAAGGGGGUCCCCAAUGUCACACACACGCACCACAACCCAAUAAUCCAUUUAGCGUUUUAUAUCAGCUAACUAAACCAUAAAACAGAGCGUCUACAACAACCAGGAUCCAUCCAUUCAACACAGAAGAAUCAAAUCAAUUCAAAUCAAAUCAAGCCGGAGAAGGCGAUGGAUCCCGACGCUCUAUCAAAAGCAUUCGUGGAGCACUACUACUCCACCUUCGACACCAAUCGUGCCGGAUUAGCCAACCUGUACCAGGAGUCUUCCAUGUUGACUUUCGAAGGUCAAAAGAUUCAAGGAUCUCAGAACAUCGUCAACAAGCUCACCUCUCUCCCCUUCCAGCAGUGCAAACACAGCAUCACCACCGUCGAUUGCCAGCCCUCCGGUCCCGCCGGUGGUAUGCUUGUUUUUGUUAGUGGUAAUCUUCAACUUGCCGGUGAACAGCAUGCUCUUAAGUUCAGUCAGAUGUUCCAUCUGAUGCCGACACCCCAAGGAAGCUUUUACGUGUUCAACGACAUCUUCCGCUUGAACUAUGCUUAAAACAAGGUGCUUCUAGAAGCCAGAUAUUGGCUAGUUUAGCAUUCAGUUCUGAAUAUUUUGCCCAUCAAUUCUGUGUUUUAUACUGGUUUGUUCUAUUCUAUUAUUGGAAGUGUGGAUCAAUUUGUGGAGUGUUGUCUGACUGGCUAUGUUAUGUUUUUGGAAAACUAUCAUUUGCUUC